GAAGGGGGCGUCCACAUCCACGCACGCACACACACGCACACGCAUCGUGUCCUCCCUGCGCGCACAUCUUCUUCUUCUUCUCCUUCUUCUUCUUCUCCUCCUUCUUCUCCUCCUUCUCCUUCUCCUUCUUCUCCUCCCGCAGUCUGUCUGACAUCUUGUUCGCGGGCGGAAAAGCGCGACCAUAUUUGGACAUAUUCCGAUGUGACGUGCACGCCGCUGGAGCACAUUGUUGGAUCGGGGGCGCGCACAGAAGCAAGAAGGGAUCUCUUUUAUUCUCACCUUUCUCCUGGAAAUACACCUGGCUUCUCCUUUCUUGCACCUUCCAGAACCUUCCAGAACCUUCCAGAACCUUCCAGAACCUUCCAGAGGGCUGGACGGACCUGCUGCUGCUGCAUUGUCUCCAUCAUGAGGCUCUGAGACGUGUGAGUCAUGGAGGUGAAGGAGCGCCGACCUUACCGCUCGCUGACGGCGAGACAGGACGCCGAGCGCCGCUACACCAGCUCCUCGGCCGACAGCGAGGACGGCAGAGCCAACUCCAAGUCCUACAGUUCUACCGAGACCCUCAAGGCCUUCGACCACGACUCCAGGGUCAACUACGGCAGCCGGGUCAAGGACCUGGUGCACCACGAGGUGGACGAGUACGGCCGGCAAGGUGGCGACUUCUCCUUCCGAGACCUGGGUGUGGGCGAGGCCCUCCCUCACCACGUGAGCUACAGGGGCGAGCUAGGCAUGCCGCACCGUGACUACUCUAUCAGCGCGGGCUCCGACACGGAGACGGACGGCGUCAUGUCACCCGAGCACGCCGUCAGGCUGUGGGGGCGGAGCAACACCAAGUCGGGUCGCAGCUCGUGUCUUUCUAGCCGGGCCAACUCCAACCUGACACUGACCGACACCGAGCAUGACAACACGGAGAACGGUCCACCGCCGCUCUGUUCCUCCUCCUCCUCCUCCCCCGUGGAGCAGCCCCCCUUCCCUCCCCCUCGCAUUGCGGCCAAUCAGAGCCCUGGGGGGUUGCUAGGUAACAGUGACUCUGAGGAUGAGUUUGGUUCAUUCUUAGUUAAAGCUGGCUCAGGGAACACGUACGUCGCUGAUGACGUCUUCCACAAGCACCCCCGGCUGAGGACGCCCCCCCUGUCCCACUCUCCCAACCAGCAGCACCACGCCUCCUCCAUCAACUCCCUCCACCCAGGGAACUACACGCCCAGGAGCAACCCAAGCCCCGCCCCCACCGACGGCUCCGCCCCGCCCGAGGGUCCGGCCUGCGCCCAGGACUCGGCGGGCGGCGCCCCCGACACCUGGCUGCUCAACAGCAACAUCCCGCUGGAGACCAGGAGCCAGAAUACUCUCAUGUUUAUUCGAGAGGAGCAAGAUGCUUGCAGAGAAGGGCAGGGCUCGUACGCAACCAGAAACAUAGCACAGCAGGCAUUCCUCGAGACUUUGCAGGACAACCUCAUUGAGAUGGACACUCUGGCGUCUGCUCGCCGCCAGGCCGCCUACAACGACGGGCACUUCCUGUUUAAGCCGGGCGGGACCUCCCCCAUGUACUGCACCACGUCGCCCGGGUACCCGCUGACCUCCAGCACGGUGUACUCGCCCCCGCCGCGACCUUUGCCCCGCGGCACCUUCUCCCGGCCCGCCUUCAGCCUGAAGAAGCCCUCCAAGCACUGCAACUGGAAAUGUGCCGCUCUCGGCGCCAUCUUCGUCUCCGUCACGCUGCUCUGCCUGCUGGCCUACUUUGUCGCCAUGCACCUUUUGGGCCUAAACUGGCGCCUGACGCCCACGCACAGACAGAUGUACCACGUGACGGAGGACAACACGAGCGGCCUGACGUUACCUACCGACCUGAGCCUGGGGCCGCUGGGCAACACGGGCCUGGAAGCGCCGGGUCGCGGGCGCAAAGACGACACAGGCGGCGUGUUCCCUGACGACAGCCACAUCGACAUGGGCGAGAUCGACGUGGGCCGCAAAGUGGCCCAGCAGAUCCCGCCCGCCGUCUUCUGGAGGUCUCAGGUCUUCGUGGAUCACCCCAUGUACCUGAAGUUCAACGUGUCCCUCGGCAAAGACGCCUUAGUGGGGGUUUACGGCAGGAGGGGUCUGCCCCCGUCUCACACGCAGUUUGACUUUGUGGAGCUGCUGGAUGGGCGACGCCUCCUGGCCCCCCACCCCCCCGGUCUGGAGGGGCCCGCCGCCCUGCAGAGGAGCCUGGCCCCUGUGAGCACACACGACACAGGCUUCAUCCAGUACAUGGAGUCUGGCAUCUGGCACCUGGCAGUCUACAACGACGGCAAGGACAUCGAGACUGUCUCCUUCCUCACCACCGCCAGCGAUUCGGUGGAUUCAUGUCCAAGCAGCUGUUUUGGGAAUGGUGAUUGUGUUUCUGGAACUUGUCACUGCUUCCUGGGCUUUAAAGGUCCUGACUGUGGGCGUGCCGCCUGCCCGGUGCUGUGCAGUGGCAACGGUCAGUACCGGAAGGGCGGCUGCAUGUGUCACAGCGGCUGGAAGGGCUCCGAGUGCCACGUGCCCACCAGCCAGUGUGUGGACGUGAGCUGCAGCGGGCGCGGCGCCUGCAUCGUGGGCACCUGCAUCUGCAACCCCGGCUACAAGGGCGACAACUGUGAGGAAGUGGACUGUCUGGACCCCACCUGCUCGGGCCGAGGCGUGUGCGUGCAGGGCGAGUGUCACUGCUUCCUGGGCUGGGGAGGUUCUGGCUGCGAGAGUCCCAGAUCUUCCUGCACCGACCAGUGCUCCGGACACGGCACCUUCCUGGCCGACGCCAACACCUGCAGCUGCGACACCAACUGGACCGGACACGACUGCUCCGCAGAGAUGUGCACAGCCGACUGCGGCGGCCAUGGCGUGUGCGUGUCGGGCACCUGUCGCUGUGACGAGGGCUGGACGGGCGGCGGAUGCGAGCAGAGGGCGUGUCACCCCCGCUGCAGCGAGCACGGCACCUGCAGGGAGGGCAAGUGCGAGUGCAGCCCGGGAUGGAACGGGGAGCACUGCAGCGUCGCCCACUAUCUGGAUAGAGUAGUGAAAGAGGGCUGUCCCGGCCUGUGUAACGCUAACGGCAGGUGCACUCUGGGUAAUGGCGGCUGGUCCUGCGUGUGCCAGCUGGGCUGGAGGGGCGGCGGCUGCGACACGUCCAUGGAAACGGCCUGUGGCGACGUCAAGGACAACGACGGAGACGGCCUGGUGGACUGCAUGGACCCUGACUGCUGCCUGCAGGCCAGCUGUCUCAGCACCGCCCUGUGUGUGGGCUCCCCGGACCCCCUGGACAUCAUCAAGGAGACGCAGGUGUCUUCGGGCCAGGGCAACCUGGGAACUUUCUACGACCGCGUUCGAUUCCUGGUGGGCAGGGAGAGCACACACGUGGUGCACGGCGCCAACCCCUUCGACGGGAAGCACGCCUGCGUCAUCCGAGGACAGGUGGUGACCUCGGACGGGACGCCGCUGGUGGGCGUCAACAUCAGCUUCAUCAACAAGCCGGCGUUGGGCUACACCGUCAGCAGGCAGGACGGAAGUUUCGACCUCCUGACCAAUGGUGGCAUCGCGGUGGCCUUGCACUUUGAGCGGGCUCCCUUCAUCACCCAGGAGCACACUCUCUGGUUGCCGUGGGGACGCUUCUUCGUCAUGGAUACCAUCGUCAUGCGCCACGAGGAGAACGACAUCCCCAGCUGCGACCUCAGCGGCUUCGCCCGGCCCAGCCCUGUGGUCACGCCGGCGCCGCUCACCGCCUUCGCCGGAUCCUGCGCCGAGAGGGGCACGGUGGUUCCUGAGAUCCAGACCCUGCAGGAGGAAGUGAGGAUCCCAGGUACAGACAUGAGACUAGUAUACCUGAGCAGCAGGACGUCAGGCUACAAGUCCAUGCUGAAGGUGGCGCUCACACACUCCAGCAUCCCCUUCAACCUGAUGAAGGUGCACCUGAUGGUGGCGGUGGAGGGUCGCCUCUUCAGGAAGUUCUUCCCCGCCGCCCCCAACCUCUCCUACGACUUUGUGUGGGACAAGACUGACGUGUACGGCCAGAAGGUCUACGGCUUGUCCCAGGCCUUUGUAUCAGUGGGUCUGGAGUACGAGUCGUGUGCAGACGUGGUGGUGUGGGAGAAAAGGACGGCGAUGCUUCAAGGCUACGAGAGCACAGCCUCCAAACUGGGAGGAUGGACCUUAGACCACCAUCACGCUCUCAACCUGCAGACUGGUAUCCUCCACAUGGGCAACGGGGAGAACAUCUUCAUCUCCCAGCAGCCGCCCGUCGUGGGCAGCGUGAUGGGCAACGGGCGGCGCCGCAGCAUCUCCUGCCCCAGCUGUAACGGCAUGGCGGACGGCAACAAGCUGCUGGCGCCCGUGGCGUUGGCGUGCGGCUGGGACGGCAGCCUGUACGUGGGCGACUUCAACUACGUCAGGAGGAUCUACACCACCGGCAACGUCACCAGCGUGCUGGAGCUCAGAAAUAAAGACUUCAGGCACAGCAGUAGCCCCGCCCACAAGUACUACCUGGCCAGCAGCCCCGUCAGCGGUGCGGUGUACCUGUCUGACACCAGCAGCCGUAAAGUCUUCAGGGUCAAGUCUCUGGCCGCCAUCAAGGACCCGGCCAAGAACUUGGAACUGGUGGCCGGCACUGGUGACCAAUGUCUGCCGUAUGAUGACGCUCGCUGUGGGGAUGGCGGCAAGGCGGUGGACGCCACGCUCACCAACCCCAGAGGCAUGGCGGUGGACAAGUACGGCGUGGUGUUCUUGGUGGAUGGCACUAUGAUCCGCAGGAUCGACCAGAACGGGAUCAUCUCCACCCUGCUGGGCUUCAACGACCUGACCUCCGCACGACCUCUCAGCUGUGACGCCGUCAUGGACAUCUCUCAGGUGCGCCUGGAGUGGCCCACAGACCUGGCGGUGAGUCCCUUGGACAAUUCCUUGUACGUCCUGGACAACAAUGUGGUCCUCCAGAUCUCCGAGAACCACCAAGUGCGCAUCGUGGCGGGCAGGCCCAUGCACUGCCAAGUGCCCGGCAUGGACCACUUCCUCAUGAGCAAGGUGGCCAUCCACGCCACCCUGGAGUCGGCCAACACGCUGGCCGUGUCCCACACCGGCGUCCUGUACAUCGCCGAGUCGGACGAGAAGAAGAUCAACCGUGUCCGCCGGGUGUCCACCGACGGCGAGAUCUCCUUGGUGGCGGGGGCGCCCAGCGGCUGCGACUGCAAGAACGACGCCAACUGCGACUGCUACUCGGGCGACGAGGGCUACGCCAUGGACGCCAAGCUGAACGCGCCCUCGUCCUUGGCGGUGUGUCCGGACGGAGAGCUCUACAUCGCAGACCUGGGCAACAUCCGCAUCCGCUACGUGCGCCAGAACAAGCCCUACCUGAGUCCCCUCAACAUGUACGAGGUGUCCUCCCCCAUCCAGGACCAACUCUACCUCUUCGACGCCAACGGCAGCCACGUCUUCACCCAGAGUCUGACCACCGGGGACCACCUGUACAACCUCACCUACACGGGCCAGGGCCAGCUGAGCAGCAUCACGGACAAGAACAAGAACGUGGUGACCAUCCGCCGCGACACCACGGGGAUGCCUCUGUGGCUCAUGGUGCCCGACGGACAGACCUUCUGGUUCACCGUGGGCGCCAACCACGCGCUCAAAAGUGUGGCGGCGCAGGGCCAAGAACUUGCCGUCAUGACCUACCACGGAAGUUCCGGGCUGCUGGCCACCAAAACCAAUGAGAACGGUUGGACCACCUUCUUUGAGUACGACAGCUUCGGCCGCCUGACCAACGUCACCCACCCUACGGGCCGGGUCAGCAGCUACCGGGCUGACGCCCACGGCGCCGUCCGCAUCCAGACGGAGGGCGCCGCCAAGGAGGACGUCACGGUCACCGCCAACAUGUCCGCCUCGGGCACCUUCUACACGCUCAUGCAGGAACAAGUGCGGAACAGCUACUUCCUGGGCCUGGACGGCUCCCUGAGGCUGGCCCUGGCCAACGGCAUGGAGGUGUCUCUGCACACGGAGCCCCACCUGCUGGCCGGCACCGUGCACCCUGCUGUGAGCCGCAGGAACAUCACCCUGGCCCUGGACAACGGACUCAACCUGGUGGAGUGGCGCCAGAGGAAGGAGCAAGCACGCGGCCUGGUCACCGUCUACGGCCGCAGGCUGAGGGUUCACAACCGGAACUUGUUGUCCCUGGACUUUGAUCGGAUCACCAGAACGGAGAAGGUCUACGACGACCACAGGAAGUUCACGCUGAGGAUCCACUACGACCUGGCGGGGCGGCCCACCCUCUGGGCGCCCAGCAACCGCCUGAACGGGGUCAACGUGACCUACUCGUCAGGAGGGCAGGUGGCGGGCAUCCAGAGGGGCACCAUGUCGGUGCGCAUGGACUACGACCACAACGGCAGGAUCACCUCCAAGAUCUUUGCUGACGGGAAGUCGUGGAGCUACACCUACCUGGAGAAGUCCAUGGUGCUGCUGCUCCACAGCCAGAGACAGUACAUCUUCCAGUUCGACAGGAACGACCGCCUCAUGUCCGUGACCAUGCCCAACGUGGCACGCCAGACCCUAGAGACCUCGCUCUCGGUGGGCUACUACCGCAACACCUACCGCCCCCCCGAGGGCAACGCCUCGGUGCUGCAGGACUACAGCGAGGAGGGCCGGCUGCUGCAGACCACCUACCUGGGCACGGGCCGACGGGUGGUCUACAAGUACGGCAAGCUCUCCAAGCUGCUGGAGAUCCUCCACGACACCACCCGCGUGGCGUUCUCCUACGACGAGGCGGCGGGUAUGCUGAAGACGGUCAACCUGCAGAGCGAGGGCUUCGCCUGCACCAUCCGCUAUCGGCAGAUCGGCCCGCUCAUCGACCGGCAGAUCUUCCGCUUCGGCGAGGAGGGCGCGGUGAACGCCAGGUUCGACUACGUCUACGACAACAGCUUCCGCGUCACCAGCAUGCAGGCCGUCAUCAACGAGACGCCGCUGCCCAUCGACCUGUACCGCUAUGACGACGUGUCGGGCAAAGCCGAGCAGUUCGGCAAGUUCGGCGUGAUCUACUACGACAUCAACCAGAUCAUCACCACGGCGGUCAUGACGCACACCAAACACUUCGACGCCUACGGGCGCAUCAAGGAGGUGCAGUACGAGAUCUUCCGCUCGCUCAUGUACUGGAUGAUGGUGCAGUACGACAACAUGGGCCGCGUGGUGGCCAAGGAGCUGAAGGUGGGACCCUACGCCAACACCACGCGCUACACCUACGAGUACGACUCGGACGGCCAGCUCCAGGUGGUGUCCAUCAAUGACAAGCCUCUGUGGCGCUACAGCUACGACCUCAACGGCAACCUGCACCUCCUGAGCCCGGGGAACAGCGCCCGCUUGACGCCGCUGCGCUACGACAUCCGGGACCGCAUCACCCGGCUGGGGGACGUGCAGUACCGCAUGGACGAGGACGGCUUCCUCGGGCAGCGGGGCAACGACUACUUCGACUACAACUCGGCCGGCCUGCUGGUCAAAGUGUACAACAAGGUGAGCGCUUGGAGCGUCCGCUAUCGCUACGACGGUCUGGGCAGGAGGGUGUCCAGCCGGAGCAGCCCGGGACACCACCUGCAGUUCUUCUAUGCCGACCUGUCCAGCCCCACCCGAGUCACCCACAUGUACAACCACACCAGCUCCGAGAUCACGUCGCUGUACUACGACCUGCAGGGCCACCUGUUCGCCAUGGAGCUGAGCGGCGGCGAGGAGUUCUACGUGGCGUGCGACAACAUCGGCACGCCUCUGGCCGUCUUCAGCGGUUCGGGGCACAUGAUCAAGCAGGUGCUCCACACCGCCUUCGGCGAGGUCUACCUGGACACCAACCCCGGCUUCCAGCUCGUCGUUGGCUACCGGGGAGGCCUUUACGAGCCCCUGAGCCGGCUGGUCCACAUGGGGCGCAGGGACUACGACGUCCUCGCCGGGCGCUGGACCACGCCCGACCACGACGUCUGGAAACGUCUCAACAGUGGCCACAUCGUGCCCUUCAACUUGUACAUGUUCAAGAACAACAACCCGCUCAGCAACAACGAGGAGAUCAAGUGCUACAUGACGGAUGUGAACAGCUGGCUGGUGACCUUUGGCUUCCAGCUCUACAACGUCAUCCCCGGCUACCGCAAGCCCAACACGGACGGCAUGGAGCCGUCCUACGAGCUGCUGCGCACUCAGAUCAAGACGCAGGAGUGGGACAGCACCAAGUCGCUGCUGGGCGUGCAGUGCGAGGUCCAGAGGCAGCUCAAAGCCUUCGUCAAGCUGGAGCGCUUCGGCCAGAUCUACUCCGCCAAGAGCGCCGGAUGCCCGCAGGCGCCGUACAGGACGCUCUUCGCCUCGGCGGGCUCCAUCUUCGGCAAAGGCGUGAAGUUGGCGGUCCGAGACGGCCGCGUCAGCACGGACAUCGUCAGCCUGGCUAACGAGGACGGGCGCCGCAUGGCCGCCAUCCUCCACGACGCCCUCUACCUGCAGUCCCUGCACUUCACCAUCGGCGGCGUGGACACGCACUACUUUGUCAAGCUGGGCUCGGUGGAGGCCGACCUGGGCCUGGUCGGCAUGGCGGUGGGCCGCCGCACGCUGGACAACGGCGUCAAUGUGACCGUGUCUCAGGUCAACGCCGUCCUCAACGGCAGGACUCGCCGCAUCACCGACAUCCAGCUGCAGCACGGCGCGCUCUGCCUCAACACGCGCUACGGCGCCGGCGUGGACGAGGAGAAGGCCCGCGUCCUGGAGCUGGCCCGCCAGCGCGCCGUGGCCCAGGCCUGGGCCCGCGAGCGCCAGAGACUGCGGGACGGCGAGGAGGGCUCGCGCGCCUGGACGGAGGGCGAGAAGCAGCAGCUGCUGGGCUCGGGGAAGGUGCAGGGCUACGACGGCUUUUACGUGCUGGCGGCCGAGCAGUACCCCCAGCUGGCCGACAGCGUCAACAACGUCCACUUCCUGCGACACGGCGAGAUGGGCCGCAGGUGACAUGGACGCCGCGCUACGGGACUCCUCGCCAAAGACGCUUUUUCCUCUCUUUCUUUGUGGGAAUGUUUGUCACGGACAGCGGGAGCGCCGUCCUCCGUGGAGUCAUGGCGCCGCUCCCUGACUCCGCCUCCUCGCUCCGCGUCGGCCUUUUCCUCAGCCAAGGAGAUUCCCUCCGACGGGUUUACAAAGAAACAAGAUGGCCGCCGACAAGCUUUCAUUUCUUUUAUGAGUGUGUGACCAUGCGACUCCAUGACUUCCUGUGAAGUGAAAAAAUGACUUCCUGCGGGGUCGGUUGUCACGACGACGGGUGUGAAGUGAAAAAAGACGAAUGUGAAGCCUUUUAUCCUUGAUUGUUGUUCUUCAACCAAACUUCUGAGGGCGUCCACCGCAUGGAGGAAACUAGCAAGUGUCUUUCAACGCUACACCUGCUGCUUGGCGCCCUGGACCUGGUGUGGACCAGGUGUGGACCUGGUGUGGACCUGGUGUGGACCAGGUGUGGACCUGGUGUGGACCAGGUGUAGACUUGGUGUUGACCAGGUGUAGACCUGGUGUGGACCAGGUGUAGACCUGGUGUGGACCAGGUGUGGACCUGGUGUGGACACGACCCUUUAUGGACACGUCAGGAAUCCAUCCAUGACGUUUUUUUGUUUUGGACCAUUGAACACUGACAAAGUGACUCACUUUUGUCCAAGUAGUUGCCUUUAAGGAUGCAAUGAGGGAGCAGCAAUUAAGGAACAGUAAUUAGGGAAGAGUAAUUAGGGAGCAGCAAUGAGGGAAAAGUAAUGAGUGAACAGCAAUGAGGGAAGAGUAAUUAGGGAACAGUAUUGAGGGCAACAGUAAUUAGGGAACAGUAAUGGGGGGAAAAGCAAAGAGAGAGCAGUAAUUAGGGAACAGUAAUUAGGGAGCCGUAAUUAGGGAACAGUAAUGAGGGAACAGCUAUUAGGGAACAGUAAUGAAAGAGUAGUAAUGAGGGAACAGCUAUUAGGGAACAGUAUUGAAAGAGUAGUAAUGAGGGAACAGCAAUUAGGGAAAAGUAAUGAGGGACAGUAUUGGGGGAGCAGCAAUUAGGAAACUGUAAUUGGGGAACAGUAAUGAGAGAGCAAUAAUGAGGGAACAGCAAUGAGGGGGCAGUAAUUAGGGAGCAGUAAUUACAGAACAGUAAUUAGGGAACAGUAAUGAGAGAGUAGCAAUGAGGGAACAGCAAUGAGGGAAGAGUAAUUAGGGAACAGCAAUGAGGGAGCAGUUAUUAGGGAACAGUAAUCACGGAACAGCAAUGAGGGAACAGCGUUUAGGGAACAGUGAUUAGGGAGCAGCAAUGAUGGAACGUAAUUAGUAAACAGCAAUGAGGUAACAGUAAUGAGGUAACAGUUAAUAGGGAGCAGUAAUGAGAGAGUAGUAAUGAGGGACCAGCAAUUAGGGAGCAGCAAUGAUGGAACAGUAAUUAGUAAACAGCAAUGAGGGAGCAGUAAUUAGGGAACAGCAAUGAGGGAAGUGUAAUUAGGGAACAGUAAUGAGGGAACAGCAAUUAGGGAACAGUAAUUAAGGAACAGUAAUGAGGGAACAGCAAUGAUGGAACAGUAAUUAGGGAACAUUAAUGAGUGAACAGUAAUGACAGAACAGUAAUGAGGGAACAGUAAUUAGGGAACAUCAAUGAGGGAACAGUAAUGAGGGAACAGCAAUGAUGGAACAGUAAUUACAGAACAUUAAUGAGUGAACAGUAAUGACAGAACAGAAAUGAGGGAACAGUAAUUAGGGAACAGUAAUGAGUGAACAGUAAUGAGGGAACAGCAAUGAGGGAACAUUAAUGAGGGAACAGUAAUGACAGAACAGUAAUUAGGGAACAUUAAUGAGGGAACAGUAAUUAGGGAACAUUAAUGAGGGAACAGCAAUGAUGGAACAGUAAUUAGGGAACAUUAAUGAGUGAACAGUAAUGACAGAACAGUAAUGGGGGAACAUUAAUGAGGGAACAGCAAUGAGGGAACAGUAAUUAGGGAACAUUAAUGACAGAACAGUAAUGAGGGAACAGUAAUUAGGGAACAUUAAUGAGGGAACAGUAAUGACAGAACAGAAAUGAGGGAACAGUAAUUGGGGAACAGCAAUGAGGGAACAGUAAUGAGGGAACAGUAAUGAGGGAACAGCAAUGAGGGAACAGUAAUGAGGGAACAGCAAUGAGGGAACAGUAAUUAGGGAACAUUAAUGAGGGAACAGCAAUGAUGGAACAGUAAUUAGGGAACAUUAAUGAGUGAACAGUAAUGACAGAACAGUAAUGGGGGAACAGUAAUUAGGGAACAUUAAUGAGGGAACAGCAAUGAGGGAACAGUAAUUAGGGAACAUUAAUGAGUGAACAGUAAUGACAGAACAGUAAUGAGGGAACAGUAAUUAGGGAACAUCAAUGAGGGAACAGUAAUGAGGGAACAGCAAUGAUGGAACAGUAAUUACAGAACAUUAAUGAGUGAACAGUAAUGACAGAACAGAAAUGAGGGAACAGUAAUUAGGGAACAGUAAUGAGUGAACAGUAAUGAGGGAACAGCAAUGAGGGAACAUUAAUGAGGGAACAGUAAUGACAGAACAGUAAUUAGGGAACAUUAAUGAGGGAACAGUAAUUAGGGAACAUUAAUGAGGGAACAGCAAUGAUGGAACAGUAAUUAGGGAACAUUAAUGAGUGAACAGUAAUGACAGAACAGUAAUGGGGGAACAUUAAUGAGGGAACAGCAAUGAGGGAACAGUAAUUAGGGAACAUUAAUGACAGAACAGUGAUGAGGGAACAGUAAUUAGGGAACAUUAAUGAGGGAACAGUAAUGACAGAACAGAAAUGAGGGAACAGUAAUUGGGGAACAGCAAUGAGGGAACAGUAAUGAGGGAACAGUAAUGAGGGAACAGCAAUGAGGGAACAGUAAUGAGGGAACAGCAAUGAGGGAACAGUAAUUAGGGAACAUUAAUGAGGGAACAGCAAUGAUGGAACAGUAAUUAGGGAACAUUAAUGAGUGAACAGUAAUGACAGAACAGUAAUGGGGGAACAGUAAUUAGGGAACAUUAAUGAGGGAACAGCAAUGAGGGAACAGUAAUUAGGGAACAUUAAUGAGUGAACAGUAAUGACAGAACAGUAAUGAGGGAACAGUAAUUAGGUAACAUUAAUAAGGGAACAGUAAUGACAGAACAGAAAUGAGGGAACAGCAAUGAGGGAACAGUAAUGAGGGAACAGCAAUGAGGGAACAGUAAUGAGGGAACAGCAAUGGGGGAACAGUAAUGAGGGAACAGCAAUGAGGGAACAGUAAUUAGGGAACAGUAAUGAGGGAACAGCAAUGAGGGAACAGCAAUGGGGGAACAGCAAUGGGGGAACAAGAGAUGUUUACAUUCUGGAAGCCUGGUUGCUCCCACAUGACAAGCAUGUGAAGUGUGUGUCCUUUGAUGGCUGCUGCAUCAGGAGUGCAAAUGUUUUCCUUGUCAGUGAUUGGCUGCCCUGAGCGUCAGAAAACUCUUUUUCUUUGCUAGCAAACUCAACAAGUUUGAGUUGUGCUCGUCCUCAACACUGUGCUUCUUCUCCGCGUGGCAAGACCACGUCCGGCGUGUGAAGACCAUGUCCAGCGUGGGAAGACCACGUCCGGCGUGGGAAGACCACGUCCGGCGUGUGAAGACCACGUCCGGCGUGUGAAGACCACGUCCGGCGUGUGAAGACCACGUCCGGCGUGUGAAGACCACGUCCGGCGUGUGAAGACCACGUCCGGCGUGUGAAGACCACGUCCGGCGUGUGAAGACCACGUUCGGCGUGUGAAGACCACGUCCAGCGGACUGUAAAUAGAAACAUGCCGCUCAGCACUACAUCAUGUGUAGUCCUCCAGUAGGCAGAGAAGAGUCAAUAAAGGGAAUAUUUUGUGUUUA